AUGUCGCUCCGCCUGCGCUGGCCGCGGCUCACGCCGGGGGUCAAGCGCCUGCUCAUCCUCGCCGCACCGGCGGCGCUCGGCGCCGGCGUGGCCCAGAUCAACCUGGUCGUCGAUAUCAUCAUCGCAUCGCUGCUGCCGCCGGGCUCCGUCUCUUUUCUCUACUACGCCGAUCGCGUGAAUCAGCUUCCGCUCGGCGUCGUCGGCGUCGCGGUCGGGACCGCGCUAUUGCCCCUGCUCAGCCGCCAGCUGCGGGCGGGCGAGGUCGAGGAGGCGGUCGGGAGCCUGAACCGGGCAAUCGAGAUGGCGCUCCUGCUGGCGGUGCCGGCGGCAGUCGCGCUCAUCGUCAUCGCGGGCCCCGUGAUCGCGGUCCUGUUCGAGCGCGGCGCCUUCGGGGUCGACGAGAGCAGCGCCACGGCCGGCGCCCUCGUCGCCUAUGCCGCCGGGCUCCCUGCCUUCGUGCUGAUCAAGGUGCUGGCGCCCGGCUACUUCGCGCGGCAGGACACGCGGACACCGGUGCGGAUCGCGAUCCUCUGCCUGACGGUGAAUGUCGUGCUCAACCUCGCGCUCAUGGGGCCGCUCGCCCAUGUCGGGAUCGCGCUGGCAACCACGCUCGCCGGCUGGCUCAACGUGGGCCUUCUGGCCGCGGGUCUCGCGCGGCGAGGCUUCCUCAAGCCGGACGGUCGGCUGAAACGCCGGCUCCCGCGCAUGAUCGCGGCGGCGGCCGGCAUGGCGCUGCUCUUGUGGGGGAUCGCACUCGGCCUGGAGACCCCGCUCGAAACCGCGGGUCUGCGCAUUGCGUCACUCGCCGCUCUCGUCGCCGCCGGCCUCGUGGGCUACGGCGCUCUCGCCGCCGCCAUGGGGGCCAUAUCGCCGACCGGCAACCUGCACCUCGGCAACUACCUUGGCGCGAUCAAGAACUGGGUCGCGAUGCAGCGGGAGUACGACUGCCUCUAUUGCAUCGUCGAUCUGCACGCGAUCACGAUGCCGCAGGAGCCCGAGGAACUCACCAGCAACACGCGCGAGGUCACGGCCGGGCUGCUCGCCGCCGGGCUCGACCCCAAGACCUGCAUCAUCUUCAACCAGAGUCGGGUGGCGGCGCACGCGGAGCUCUCCUGGAUCCUCAACUGCUUCACGCCGCUCGGCUGGCUCAACCGCAUGACCCAGUUCAAGGAGAAGGCGGGGAAGAAGCGGGACAGCGCACUCCUCGGCCUCUACGCCUACCCGGUGCUGAUGGCCGCCGACAUCCUGCUCUACCAUGCGACCGCAGUGCCGGUGGGCGAGGACCAGAAGCAGCACCUCGAGCUCUCGCGCGAUAUCGCCGGCGCCUUCAACCGCGCCUACGAUGUGGAAUUCUUCCCGCUGCCCGAGCCGAUGAUCUUCGGCGCCGCGACGCGGGUGAUGAGCCUGCGCGACGGGCGCAGCAAGAUGAGCAAGUCGGAUGGCUCCGAUUACGCGCGUAUCAAUCUGACCGACGACGCCGACACGCUCGCGCUCAAGAUCAAGCGCGCCAAGACCGAUUCCGAGCCGGGCCUCGCCUUCGACCCCGAGCGGCGGCCCGAGGCGGCGAACCUGCUGAGCAUCUACGCUGCGCUCGCCGGCGAGCCCGUGGAGCGGGUUAUCGCCGAGCACACCGGGACGGGCUUCGCGGCCUUCAAGGGCAAGCUUGCCGAUCUCGCGAUCGAGACGCUCGGCCCCAUCGCCCAGCGUAUGCGCGAGCUGCAGGCGGACCCCGCCUAUAUCGACGGGGUGCUGGCCGACGGCGCAGAGCGCGCACGGAACAUCGCCGACACCAACCUCGCCGAGGUGCGGCGCAUCAUGGGGCUGCUCGACGCCUGA